GCACCAGCAACCCUCCAAUAAGGGACAAGUGCAGAGGUGUACAGAAAAUGGAUGGAUGUUUUAAUCUACUUGUUAACAUCCAUCCAUUAAUGUCACAUUCAGGAGCUGAGAAGCGUUUUCCUGCCUUCCGGUCUUUGUUUGGAAGGUAUGAUGAGGGUUUCAGUCUUUACCAUCCCUGUGUGUGUUCCUAACAGCCACACUCCUUUAACUGUGUGUACUGCACUGCUUCAGCAUCUGCCUCUUUAGCUAGCCUGCAUCCUGCAUUCUGUGUGAUGUGGUAGAUUCUGACCUCUUGCUUUGGUGCUCUGGCUGAAGAGAGCACUGAAAAGUAAAUCUACUUUUCUCUACUAUCUAACUUUCUCUAGCCAUUUCCAGGAUUUCUCAGUAGCAGCGCUUUUUGUUUUUGUAAAAGAUCUGUUAAUCUAUUUUUUAUGACUUUGGCCCAAAACUCCAAUUUGGGGUGAGGGUGUUGGGUGGAGUGUUGACUGAAGGGUAGUAACCUCUGCCUGAGCCUUCAGUCUCUACUCUGUUAUUAGGAGCCCAUUAUAUACUCGACUGCUGGGCAGCGGGUUCAGGAUUUGAAAAUUAAAGUGAAGUUUUAUAGCUGCAGUGAUUAGAGUACAAGAGCAGGAAAAUGAAACUUAAAUAGUCAGCUUUGUAACUGCUUUGUUUGGCUAGUGAUGAUUAAAAGGCACCACAAGCAGUUGACUUUUCCUUCUAAUUUAGGCUAAUUUAGGCUAAGACUAAUUGAGGGGACAAUGAUGAAUCUAAAAAAGCAGCCAAGCGUGUUCCAGAUGUGGUCGCCUCAGUCCUCUUCAUUCUCCUCCCAGCUAGGAAGUUUUGGACAGCGAGGUGGUUAGAGGCGGAGGAGGCGGAGGAGGGGCUGUCAGUCCAGGGAGGAGAAAUUUGGCAUCAUCACUAGAACAAAGUUUGGCAGUUUGGGAGAAACUCUGCAGGAGCCGGACGCACAGAGCUGAUCUGCAGAUCCCUGAGUUCAUCAAGAUCUGGAUCCAGUUUAUGAGUGUGAUGAUGGAGUUUGUGUUGAAUAUGAAGGUCGUUCAGGUCAUGGUUCUAAUGAUGAGUCUUCAUCACUUCGGGCUGGUUUCUGCUCAGGAGUGUCCAUCCACCCAUGAUCUACUGAACUCCCUGCGGCAGGUUGAGAAGAUGUUAGCGCUACAUGAGACAUCGUACCAGCAAGGCCUGCGUUCCCUCAGGAAGAAGAUAAAUGCCCUACACAACAGCACCAUGGCCUUCUUUAAAAUGGCGUCCUGCCCUAAGCCUGACCCCCUGGCUAACGGACGCCGACUGGGCAGAGUGUUUGCUAUGGGACACGAGGUCCACUUCCUCUGUAAGCCCGGCUAUGAGUUGAUAGGCCCACGAACCCGAGUGUGUCUAGAGUCUCUGAAGUGGAGUGGACAACAACCCAUGUGCAGAAGUCUUAACAGCACCGCCAACUCCUUGGCUUCCUUCUCUUCAGCUGCGUCCUCCUUCGCUGCCUUAUCUGCCUCCUCCACAACAACCUCAUCUUCUUUGGCUUCAUCCCCAACACCCUCCUCGCCCUCCUCCUCUGUCCGGCCUUCUAACUGCACACAUUUCCUGGGCUCGACCCACUGUACGUGUGAUGUUGGUUUCACUAUAUCAGGCCGGGACAAUAACAUCUGCACAGAUAUUGACGAGUGUCAUCUUUUCCCCCUCGCGCAACCUGGCCGUCUCUGCAUCCAUCAGUGUGUGAACACACCUGGAAGCUUCCACUGUGUUUGCCCGCCUGGCUACAGCUUGUCCAGAGACGGUCGCAGCUGCACAGAUAUUGACGAGUGUGAAAACCUUUCACACAACUGCACGGCAGACCGGCUGUGUGUGAACACAUUUGGAGGUUUUAAGUGCGUGACAGUGAAGUGUCCCAAGACAAAAAACGCCACAUACAUCAAGACGUCUCCCAUGCGCUGUGAGAGGAAUCCAUGUAUGUUUGGGGACAAAGCCUGCACUCAAGCUCCAAACUCCAUCUCCUUCCACUUUCUCGCUGUGGUGUCCAAUAUGUCUGCCCCUCGCGUCCUCUUCCGGGUGUCUGCAGCCCGUGUGCUGGGAGACACGCUGCGGUUUGGCCUGGCUGGUGGCCGUGGUCGCGGUCACUUCAGUGUUCAGCGCUCAGGUCGGCAGACCGGGACUCUUCUCCUUGUGACGUCUAUUAACGGGCCGGCCACACUGGAGGCUGAGGUGGAGAUGAGUGAGCUAGAGAACAACACCCUGCUAGGCCGCUACCUCACCAAGGUCACCCUGUUUGUGUCCCCGUACAUGUUCUAACAGGGAUGACAAGCAAGAGGAGUCCAUGGACUAAUAACCAUUCAAUGGAUACCAUAAGAUUUACUGAGACCUGAAUUUUCAGAGACAUCAUCUUUUGUUCGUUUGUCAAUGUAGUAGUUAGAAAACUUGUACCAUUAGCUUCUCUGGUGACCUCUCAGCACUUUAUUAUUAUUAUUAUCACUGAGACACCCAGUCCUCUGUUUGUUGACUCAGCAUGACCACUUAGCUAUGAACAUGUGUAGUGUAUAGUCGUUCAUUCUACAUAUAGACUUACUGUGAACCUUUUCUACUGCUUUAAACAUGCUCUCAUUUAAGGAGGGACAACAAUAUUUGUUUCUUUCUUAACAGAUUAAUAUUGCUAUAGAUGUUUCCAGGUAAAUCCUGGUGAAGAUGUUAGCAUUGGAACAGUCUCAGUUGUUCUGAAGGAUCUUCCUUGAUUUAACACACCCUAAUAAAAUAAAUGGAUGAUUAAAUGGCUUAGUCAUCCAUCCAUCCAUUUUCUGUACACCCUCCUCCCUUACUAGGGUCGGGAGGGUUGCUGGUGCCUAUCUCCAGCUGGCUUAAUCAUUCAUUUAAUAAAAUAAUUGGAAUAUUAAGCCAGCUUCUGCAAAAUGUAAUGAGAUGGUGAGGAAGUAACUCAGCUUUACCAUUUGGAUCAGCUGUAGUGGUGCAGGAACAUUGCUAAGACGAAGCCUUAAGAAGUGGUUUCAGAAACCAUUA